AAGGUUCCAGGCUUGAGGAUCAGUCUUUAAUCAGUGGAUGUUAGACGCCUCUGCAUUCAUCACAAUGGCCGAUUCCACUCCAUCACCGUUCUCCAUUUGGUUCUCCCAGAUUUCAGACACCAUAAAAGAUUCAUUUCUUAACCUUGGCCCCAAACCCCCACCCUCUAUCCCCGAGUCUGAGGUCACAGAGGUGAACGAAUCUCGGGAGGACGUCUCAUCCAUGAGUCCUGAGGAGAAGCGUCGGAUCCUGCAUGCCCAGCUGGCAUCCAGAGGUCUGGUAGAGCCGUUACCAGAUCGCCUGACUCCCAUUAAUGAGGAAAUGGAGGAUGUGGAGAGCAGGAGAAGCGUCAUGUCGUCACGUCCACCCAGUGUUGUAAACAGUUACGGGGACGAUGGCGAGAUCACCAGCUCUUCAGACAGCGAGGAGGAGAUUGUGAAGCGCUUCGAGAUCUCCGUCUCGCGUUCUCAGAGUUUUCGCUCUGGGAUCUCAGAGGUCACUACCCAGAGUGCACCGGGGCAGCAGCGCAAGUUUGAGCGGCUGGUUCCUGAGCGGGAGGAGGGGAAGGAGGAGGAGGAGGGCAGCACCGAACCCUCGGACUGCGAAUACGCAGACGGAGUUAGCGGGAGAGGUUUCCAGGACCCGCUGUCUGAGCAGAGGGAUCCUCUGACAGAAUCGCUCUUCCAGAGAGACCUCAGUGUGGCGGACACGUCGUCCGCUAGAGGACGCGCCUCCUCCGUGGGCUCUCAGGGAUCAGAGACGCCGUCCCGGGGUCGGAGGAGUCGUCCGGGGAGCACAGGACGCCGGACUCCCCUUUCACACGGAGAGACGGACAUGGCGCUGGAUAAUCCGGCAUACGACGAGGCUACGGACAGCUCGUCUACCUGGAGCCCUGAGCACGAACGUACAGCCAGCAUCAUCUCAGAGCCGCGGCCCGCCAGCUCCUCGCCCCGCCCGCCAAUCUCCAAAUGCGGUGACCUCGUGGUGGUCCUCAAUUACCGUCCUGAAUCCUGUAAGCUCCAGGUGACGGUGGUGAUGGCGCAGGACAUCCCUGAUAAAGCGCGGAGCGGCAUGGACUCGUGGCAGGUGCACGUGGUGCUGCUCCCGGGGAAGCGUCAGCGUUACAAGACGGCCAUGCAGAGGGGAUCGACGCCGCGGUUUGGGGAAACGUUCCGCUUUUCGAGACUCGAGGCGUCGGAGAUGAACACGUCGGCACUGCGGUUCCGUCUGUACGCUCUGGGAAAGAUGAACCGGGAGAGGAUGAUGGGAGAAAACAUCUACACGCUUAACAAGCUCGACACUCGCGAGAGACGUGAGGUCUUACUCGUACUCGAACCUCGCAGCAACCUAAAAGCUUUAGAUCCCGAGCUGUGUGUAAGUGCUCCUCCUGAUGGUGCCUCCUCCGCUCAGUCUCUCUCCCACGGUGGAGUUCCUGAGCUGCUCCUCGGCCUUUCAUACAACCCCACCACCGGCCGCCUCUCCGUCGAGGUCAUCAAAGGGAGCCACUUCCGCAACCUGGCCAUCAACCGACCCCCAGAUACGUACGCGAAGCUGACCCUGCUCAACUCCAUGGGUCAGGAGAUCUCCCGGUGCAAGACGUCAGUGCGUCGCGGACACCCCAACCCCGUGUUCAAGGAGACCUUCGUCUUCCAGGUGGCUCUGUUCCAGCUCUCCGAUGUUACUCUCAUGGUGGCCGUGUACAACCGACGCAACAUGAAGCGCAAAGAGAUGAUCGGCUGGCUGUCGCUGGGCCAGAACAGCAGCGGCGAGGAGGAGGCGCUGCACUGGCAGGACAUGAAGGAAAGCAGCAACCAGCAGGUGUGCAGGUGGCACGCUCUCCUCGAGGCGUAGACUGGACCGAUGGAGAAAAACUAACGACAGGAAUCCAACCUCGUCCACAGGGUUGGGCUUGGACUUAUAAGGGUCACGGGCAUGGAAGCAGAACAAAUGCAACUAAACAAUAUAGUGACACCUCGGCAUAGAAAUUCCCUCCCUUACGAAUUUUUACCUUAAGAAAUUGCAAGAAAUUUGCAUCGGCAUACAAAGCAUUUUCAGCAUACCAGACGGUGACUAAGUUCCGUGUACUUCCGGAAGCCGUUCAAAACUGGUUUGCAUCAGUGGAAAGCUAAGUAAAGUGGAACGCUAAGCAUAGUUUUUUGCGUUUCUGGGUCAGUACGAUUUUUCGCCUCCAGAACUAAUUUGAUUUGUAUGCCGAGGUUCCACUGUAUAUGAUUCACCAUUGUUUUUGAUGCUUUUUUUCUUUUAAUGUGAUAAUUGCGUUGAUUAGACCUGAGCAAACGAAGCAACCCCAGAUCAUAACACUGUCUCCAGAGGCUUGUACAGUGGACACUAUGCAUGAUGGGAGCGUCGCUUCAUGUGCUUCCCUUCUUACCCUGACACGCCCAUCACUCUGGAAUAGGGUCAGUCUGGAUCCAUCACUCCAAAGUCCAGUCUUUAUGUUCUCUAGUAAACUGAAGCCUUUUUUCUAACGAGUUUCAAUAACUAUUGGUUUUCUUAUGGUUACACAACUGUUUAGCGUCAAUCCCGUUAUUUCUCAUGACAGUCUGCACGAGUCUGCUUAAAUGCCUUUAAUUUCCUUCAAUUUCAAUAUUAAACCCAUCUCUAUUUUCUACUGUCAAUUAUUUAUGCGACUUCAUCAAAUGUUUAAGUCGUCCUCAGUCAUGUUUUUUUUUUUUUUUGUGAAGGUUUGUGAAGUGUUCAGCACUGUCCUUAAAGGUUUGCAUAACGCCUUAACGGGCAGGUCUAACCCAAUUCAUGUCAAUUCAUUUCAAAUCUCUUCUUUGCUUGAUACGGGGCAAUAUUUUUUGCCCAGGCGAUGUAUGUGUUCAGGUAGAAUGUAAGCAAAUGAGCCACAACCUCUGAAAAUUUGAGUAUAGCCACUUGGCCUGUAAAAAAAGAACGUAGAAAGAUUUGGAGAAUGAUGAUUGAUUGUUUAAGUUGUAUAUGCGGUUAUGUAAUAGACGCCACUACUUGAAUUUAAACAGCUAAUCAUUGAAUACCUUUCGACUUGUGAUUUCCGGACAAGUGUGCAUAAAUCUUUAGAUGGAUACUUGUAUGCUAACUCUCCAUCACAAAGCCAUACAGUGUGUGCGUGGGUGCUCAAGGUUGGGCUUGAAGAGGUAACUCACCUAGCAACCCCUAGCAACCACAUUCCUGUAUCUACUGUAUCCAGAGCCCAAAUUACAGAAACCAACCAGAGACGCUUCGAAAAAACAUAUUAAGGGUAUUUAUGAUCAAACCUAAGCUUAACUUUGUGACUCAAGUUGGAUUUCUAGCGUUAGAUAAGAAAAAGCCAGACGAAAGCAAGACUUGAUUCAUGCUUGAAAUCUCCCAGAGGAAACUCUGCUGAAAUAUGCAACUGUACACCGUCCUGAUGUUCCCAGAUGUUUCAACACAGCAUGUUCCACGUACACGCCAGCGCUCUAUAAUCUCUGAGAGCAACUGUAAGAGGAGUUGUUCAUCCCCUACGGAAGCGCAUACAGUAACGCAGCAUCCGUAAUUGCUUUUUGUGCAUCUCCAGCUGUCCUUUACUCGGAGUUGGGCUUUUACAACGCGCCCUCUUAUCUCGUCUCCAGGAAGUGACGUCGCAGCGCAGCUCGACUUAGGACUUGAGGGCUCUCUCUCUCUCUCUUUCUCUCUCUCUCUCUCUCUCUUGCCGCUCAAACGCUGAUUGCCGUGUCCUGAGUGCAUGAAUGGAGGCUUAAUUACUGACUUCUGAUGAACUCGCUCUGGGGGUUGAGAGCGACGGAUGAUGGCGGGGAAGAAAUCUGUAUGACAACAGACAUGCGGUGGUGAUGCGUUUGUACAACGUGUUAAUUUGUUACCAAGACUGUUCACGUGGAUUGUUCAGAAGUUGCUAAUGUAAUCUUUAAAUGUACAGGAUAUAUUAUUAUUAAUACUUCAAAAUCAAAAAAGUUAAAUAAUAAUUCUGUAUUUGUAUUGGCUGUCCAGGAACUGCAGCGCGAUUGAAUUCUUAAUUCUGAUUGGUCAGAAGGUGUCUAUUAAUAUUUAACAAAUGAAAAGCAUAUACAUAUCAAUAUGAGUUUGUAUGGUUUUCUCUGAAUCAGGUGUUUGUUUUUUUGACACAAACUAUUCAACAUUAUAUUGUGUUGGCACAAGAUACAAAUUGUCAUCAUGUUUACAGUUAAUUUGUGCACGGGGGAUACAAUUUGUUCCCAUGUUUUUGUUGAAUUCAUGCACUUGGAAUAUAAUUGGAAUGAUUUAUUAGUUCGACAGAGAAACAAUUUGUAACCAGAUUUUGGCUAACUUGUGCAACAUGAAAUUUGUUCCCACAUUUUGGUUAAAUUUUUUUUUAAAUAAGAUAUAGUUUGUUACUAUGCUGUGUGAUUUAUUUGUGCAACAUAUAUACAAUUUAUUUUCACAUUUUGGUUGCCAUAAGAUAAGAUAAGAUCCCAUGUUUUAUGUUAAUUCAUGUACAUGGGAUAUAAUUCAUUCUCACGUUUUGAUUAAUUUGCACAAAUGUACUGUACUGUACUGUAAUUCAUACCUUCAUUUUGGUUCAUUUGGGUGCACAAAGUACAAUUUCUUCUCAGAUAUUGACAAAAUUGUGCACGAUAGUGUUCUCCUAUUUCAAGUACAAAAUUCGCGCAUUUUUCUAAAUUUCUAAUAAGGGAAGAGCCUGUUUAUAGGCAGCGUUACAUGCAGGUCUAAACGGCUACAAAUUACACAACAUUUUUCUUUCAUGAGGGGUGAAAUUUAGCUUAGUGUUUUUGCAAAUUGCUGCAGUUCAAGGGGAAUAAAACGCUUACAGACAUGACAUUAUAGAGGACAUUUAAAAAAUCAUCUUCCUGCAACUGUAACUUUUGGACAUCCCGAUAUAUACUGGAAACUGACGUCAUGUUUAUGUAUGAAACGUACCGAUCAUGAGCGUUUAUGCGUUUUACCUGCUGAACAUUGUGCACUGAGGGAUUUCUCUCACCUGUCCUGCAUGACCGGAACCUUCAGAGGAACACACCCCAUGUCGUCUGCAUGUGUUGCGCUACACAUAAACGU